UCCAGAUUAACUGCUGCCAAGAAACGCCUCCGCCGCCGCGGCCCUCUCCUCUGCCCGCGCGCCCUCUGGCGCCCUCCACCCCCCAAAGCCCACUUCAGGCCGACUUCCCUCAACGGCAACGCCUCCCCGAAGCCUUUUACGCCUGACUGCCUGCUCUCUGGGUCUGGUAACCGUUGGCUGCUGGCUGCGUCGUCGCAUUUACAGUACCAUCUCGCUCGCUCUACGGCGUUUGUUUGCCCCUCUCAGGACGCCGAUCACGCACUCGGCUCGCAUCGCGCCAGGCCACUCCGCUCGCUCGCUCGCUCGCUCCGACACUUGUCAUCACAACUCUACCCACUUGGUCUCUUCUCCAGUGGACACGCCGACGGCAAUAUCCACCCCCACGCUACAUGCUCCCCAGCCUUGGAUCGCUCACGCCGCGCCGCGCACCAAAGCCGUCCAUGCCGACCAUCUCGGUCCCCUCGUUCUCUGAAAAGUCGCCGUCGGGCUUGCCGCUACCUAACGGCGGCGACCGGCGGCGCGGUGCCGGCCUGUCGCCCUCGCGCCGGCUGGUACAGCUCGUCAAAUCGCGCGGACGGUGGUCGACGCCGUUCGUGCUGCUUGUCGUUGCCGGCCUGUUGCUGUUUGCGCUCACAUCGACGCGCGGCGACAAGGCGCCUGCCGUACCCGUGCCGCGCAAGACCGACGUGCCCGUGCACAACAACCACAAGAGCGGCAAGGUCCCCGGCGGCCGGGUAGCGGGCGCGGGCGCGGGCACAGGCUCAAAGGUGACGCCGCACCACCACGACGAUGGCGACGACGAGUUCCUCACCGACGAUGAGAAGGCCGUCGACAACGCCAUCGAGGAGGCGUCCAAGACCGAGGAGGAGAUUGCCGCCGAGGGCGCGGCCAUCAAGAGCAAGGAGGCCGAGCUGGCGAAUGACAAGACGCUCCAGACGCGCUCGCUCAUCUGGUGGAUUGGGCAGAACGGCAAGUUCCCAUCGGAUUUUGAGGAGCCGACCGCCGCCGAGCUCGAGGCUAUGGGCGUCAAGGGGUUCCAGGACAUGCUGCUCAAGGCGGAUCCCGAGCAGGUCGACGUGUUCGAGGACUCGUGGGUCGUCCACGCGGAGUCGAUGCAGCGGGUGACCAUGUUCUCCAAGACCUACUGCCCGUACUCGAAGAACGGCAAGAACAUUCUCAAGCAGUACAGCAUACACCCGCAGCCGUACAUUAUCGAGCUGGACACACGGGACGACGGCCCCAUCAUCCAAAACUUCCUCCAGUACCUCACCAACCGGCGCACAGUGCCCAACCUCAUCAUCGACUGGGUGUCGAUUGGCGGCAGCGACGACAUGGACCUCUUGCACGCCGAGGGCGGGCUCAAGAAGCUGUUGAUGAACGGGCUGGUUUCGUACUCAUAGGCGUGGGUGGUGUGGGUGGG